AUGUCGAAAACAAUCGAAGACAACGGGUGGACUGCAGUUCCAAGGAGCCUCGAGAAGCUGCUCGCCAAUCGCAAGAACCCGAGGUCAAAGGCAACACCGCUUCGAGUCGAGGACAUGCCACUACCCAGCAGCCCUGUCGUGGACAUUGUCAUGAAACACGCGAGAGAUCACCUGCCCAAGCAGACCUUCAGCCACAGCAUGCGCGUCUAUUACUACGGUGCGUCAAAGGAUCCAUCAACAUCACUCGAUGCUGUUCGAUGCGGUUACACCACUGACACAAUGACACAUAACNNAGGCCGAGCAAUCGCCAUGCAGCACUUUCCCGAAUGGCGCUACAGCCCAGAGACCUACUUGCUCGCCAGCCUCCUCCACGACAUUGGCACCACAGACGCCAACAUGUCUUCCACGCAACUCAGCUUUGAAUUCCAAGGCGGCAUCCAAGCACUGAAUCUUCUGAUCCAACACGGAGCACCUCAGUCUACUGCUGAAUCCGUGUGUGAGACCAUCAUCAGACAUCAGGAUGUGGGUGAGACUGGCAACAUCACCACGCUGACUGCUGUGAUACACUUUGCAACGUUACUCGACAAUGCCGGUGCAAACCCAGAGCUGGUGCACAAGGACACGAUCGAGGGUGUUGUCAAGGCUUGGCCUAGAGAGGGUUGGACUGGUUGCUUCGCUGCUACCGUCAGGAAGGAGACGGAACGCAAGCCUUGGUCCCACACGACGAAGAUCGAGGGCUUUGCUGAAAUGGUAGAGGCCAACGAGACGAUGCGUCCUUACGACUGA